ACGGGGAGGAGGAGCGCCGUCACGUGACUCUCGACGCGGGGCCGUCCAAGAUGGCGCCCGACCUGUGGACUCUGAGGAGAAGGAAGAGGCGCGUUCACCUGUAGCCCAGAGCCGAGGCAGGGCGCGGGCGGAUUUUCUUCGUCCGCACGGGGAGGCCUCCCCUCUCGGCCGCCUUCUCCGGAGACCCCGCUGGGCAGCUGCGGGGCGAGUUUUCCAUGUGGGUCCCGCGAGGGGCGAUGGUGUGGCUGGACGGCGCCCGCGGUUCCUAAAAGCAGCGGCGACCCCUCGUUCUCGAGCGAUGGCUCUACGGGAGCUGAAAGUUUGCCUCCUUGGGGACACAGGUGUGGGCAAAUCAAGCAUUGUAUGGCGCUUUGUAGAAGACAGCUUCGAUCCAAACAUCAAUCCAACUAUUGGAGCAUCUUUUAUGACCAAGACAGUACAGUAUCAGAAUGAAUUACAUAAAUUCCUAAUAUGGGAUACAGCAGGACAAGAACGAUUCCGUGCUCUGGCACCGAUGUACUAUCGAGGGUCCGCAGCAGCUAUUAUAGUCUAUGAUAUUACAAAAGAGGAAACAUUUUCAACAUUAAAAAACUGGGUAAAAGAACUUCGCCAGCAUGGACCUCCCAAUAUUGUUGUAGCAAUUGCUGGGAAUAAGUGUGAUCUUAAUGAUGUAAGAGAAGUUACCGAAAAAGAUGCUAAAGACUAUGCAGAUUCCAUCCAUGCAAUAUUUGUAGAGACUAGUGCAAAAAAUGCAAUAAACAUAAAUGAACUGUUUAUAGAAAUAAGUCGUAGAAUUCCGUCAACAGACAUCAACCCUCCAUCUAGCGGUAAGGGCUUCAAACUUAGGAGACAGCCUUCUGUGACCAAACGCAGCUGUUGUUGAUACUGCGACCCACCAACCUAGCUUUUAUAAAGUAUUUGGCCUUAGAUAUUAAGGGUUUAUUUUGAGUAUCUCUUACUGGUACUGGAUUCUGAUUUCCCUGAUAUUGAAAGACCCCAAAAUGGACCAGUUCUGGCAUACUUACAUACAUUCUGUGGGGGUCUGCAGUGAUCGUGCUAUCGGACUGUUUCCAUGUGUGCAGCAUACAGACUAUCUCUUACAAUCAAAGGGGAUCACCUGUCAUUUCUGUUUCAACCUUUGAAGAGGAGAAUCCAAUGUACAGGUUAUAAGCCUUGAUAUUUCAUAGUUUUGUAGGAAAACAUUGCCAUGCUUUUGUAAAAGGGGAGAGAAACUAGCACUUUUUAUGGAUUUUGGAGGGAGUGGGCGAGCCCUGUGGAAAGAAAAGUUAAUCCUGAUUUUAGUGCCAUUCUGCACUCCUUGUUGCUGUUCCUAUAAGCCUUCCUGUUUUCAUUGUUGCUUCUCCAAAGGCUAGAAAGAACAGAUGAUUGAUAAAUGGCUACCAGAAUAAUGAUGCUGAUAAGAGUGACCAAAUCAGCCCAUUCAGUCCCUAAUCUUAAAUUGCACUUCUUUAUUUUCUAAUAAUACUAUAGAAAUACAAAUAAGAUGUUUGCUUUUAAGCAAAAAAAAAAAGGGAAAGCGUAGCCUUAGACAAUCUUAGCUCAUUAUGUAUAAUUAUUUUAUAGUUAAAUAGACAUAGACUCUUCUUAAUAGACUUCCAAUUAAGAUACUAGUAAGCUUAGAUGAAAUGGAUGAAAAUAACCUGACCACAACUGACAGGUAUCAGUUGCUGUCAGUAGCCUGUAGAGCAAGCAUGUUAGGUGGGAAAUGUUUGCAAUUGCUUAGCAUAAAUCAUUUUAAUACUUAUUUAUGAAGCCAGUAUCUGAAGUAAUAUAAAUUAUGAAAGUGCCAUUGCUAAAGAUCAGAUUCUUGUUUAUCUCCCUGUCUCAUCCAUGAGGCAAAUUGUGAAAGAAAGUCCUACAAACAAUUGCUGGGAAUCCCAGCCUAAGAGCAUGAGGCCUUAAAUCAGUUGGCAUCCUCUAGCAUAGUACUGGAAAACAUUUCCCUCACUAUCCAGUAGAGGUUGCUACUAGUGUACUUUGAGGCUUUCUUCUGGAAGAAAUCACUUUACAGAAUAAUCCAGAAACAGGAUUCAGAGGUAACUGGGGCAGCGUAGAUGGUUGCUUCCAUACAGUUGAACUCAUUCUGAAGACUAACUCUUUUUAGACCCUGCUUUUAAACAGACUAGCACGUAGCUUUGGCUGUGCUUUUCAUUUAUUUUAAACUAUAAAUUAAUCUUGCCCCAUCAUAUUUCUCAUUAUUUAUUUUUGUUGCAAACUGUCAGAGAAAACAUGUACAUGUUUUUCCUCUUUAGAAUAUAGGCAGGUAAACUCACAGCAUGUAAAAGAAGCUAUAAGACUUUGAUAUUUCCUGUUCACAGGAACAUAUCUGUGGUGGCUUGCUCUUAAUUCAUUGUUUAAAAGGAAAUUUCAAAGGUUACAUUGGAAAUAAGGAAAGGGCUUAGGCUUUUAUAUCCUAUACCAUAUAAUUCAACAUUACCCUUAGUACACGGGAAUUAUUAUAGUUAACCAAUGCAAUUGGAAUUAUUGAGUCAGAAUAAAUUUAAGCCCAGGUGAUCUUAUCUAAUGAGUUCAAAGUUCUAAUUUUGCAAUGUUGUUGUAUAUUAUAUCAGAAGUCUCUGAAAAGAAAAAGCAAAUUGUGGAGUAUUUGGCAUUCCCUCUAGCCAAACUAUGAAUCUGUACAUUAAUAACGAAAUGUAUUGUGCAUUCCAUAUCUUGCCUUGUUUAUGUCGUUAGUUUGUUCUGAGUUUUGAUUUCAAGAAUCAGCUGAGGAUACUUACGUAACCUAGUCCAAAGAGCCAUAUGCUGGCAAAAAUUAUUUAGAAUUGUAGAUUGGAGAAGUUGGCAUUACAAGUCAGUCCAAUAGCUUUGAUUGUCAGUUUUUUUUAAUCAAAGACACCAUGGUUUGUCCAGCACUGCAUGUGGAAUUGAAUGUGUGAAAGGAAGAGUAUCAGGGAUGUACUUACUGGGUGUUUUCAAGGCAGUUUGCUCAGCAUGGUAAACUGAAGUCAGAAUAAGGAUCAUUUCCAAGAGUUUUAUUAGGCUUCAGCAAGGACCUAGCAGUCAGUUCCUUCUGAUGCUAGCAUUUUCCAUGCCUGAGAAGUUCCCAUCAAAACUCUGUGCUGUUUCAGAGACCUUUGAAAUUUGGCAAAGAACUACCAUGGGGUAAAGAAAGCAAAAAUCUCUGGUAAACACAUACCGGCCCUUGAGUGCUUAAAAGAACUUGUUAGAUUUAACCUAAUACUAGUUUUAAAAACCCUCUAAUGAACUGGAGAUGGUCAGCAGGCUGCUUCUGUACCUACAUAUAGAUAAAUCAUUGUCCCCCAGUGCAGCCUUGUAUAGAUACAGUAUUGGAAUGUCAGUGCCUAAUACAUAUGCUUAUCCAAACUGAUGGUUAUUAAAACUUUUUCUUUUUCA